AAGGCGGGGCUCUGGCGCCCCCUGUCGGCUGCGCCGAAGCUUCAGAGGCGCCGCCAGGUCCGUAGGCAGCUCCGGCGGCCUCGGUGCCCUGGGAACUCCGGCCUCCGCCCCUGCCACGCGGACACGGUGGAGCCUGCUGCCGUUGCUGCUUGUCCCCUUGCAGCAGUUCAGAAUUAACGUGUGAUCUUUUUAUGUCUCCACAGCGCUCCGGAAGCCUGUGGCCGCCCCCUGUGCGCAGUGCUGUGCCCACAGCAGGGCUACAAAGGGAAGGCUGAAGCGGGCAGAGGGUCGAGGUGACGGAAGGCAGUUGUGGGACCAUGGGUCGGCCCUCUCCUCGACAGAGUCCUCCCCUGUUAGUAGAGCCUUCUGUCUGGCUUUCUGGCUGCUACGGGGAGUUUUAUGCAGAAUUUGGGCUCGCCCAAUCGGCACGCACCGAGGGCGUGUCCUAGGCGUUGAUUGGUUGGUUCGGACGAACGAGCUGUGUUUGAAAUCCGUUAACGGCGGUGGAUAGAAGUGCCGCGCAGGGCGGCCGCAAGCGCUGAGACGCUGUCCGGUAACAGCAGCCUGGGCCCUAGCCCUUCCCCGUCAUCCGGUCGAGUCUGGCUGUGGGGGACGUGACUGUGCCGUGGGCCUGCUCCCAGCCCAGGUAUCGGUGUCACGGCCACUCGCAGCACCGUGAGACUGGAGGGCGCGGCUGAGAAGCGGAGGACUGUAGCAGUGCAAGCGGAGAACUCACAAGGACAGCGGGAAGGUGAAGAUGUCUCACCCAGAAUCUCGCUAUUCCUUUGAUGUCCCAAACCCUUGCAUCAAUUUUGCGACUCUAAGCGAUGAUGAUGUACACAAUGCAGACUCCUGGUUUGACCAAAAAGCAAAUCUGGAGAACGUCCCUCCUGCAGAAAAUCUGGCAAAGGUCUCACAGGACAGCCCUGCUUUUUCAAAGCCUGAUAUUAUUCUGUCUUCUGUCACAUCGCAAGGAAUAACAAUAAGUGAAAGCCAUGGCAAAGAGGACAGUGAAGCAGAAUGCGUGCAGGCCAGUGUGGCUCCUCAGAAUAUUGUUGGAUCCCUGACAAGCUGGAGAGCUGCUGCUCCUGCAGAGGCCUCUCAAAGACCAAGUAGAAGACAGGCUACAAAGCAGAAAAAAACACAGCAACACAAACAGCCAGCUAGAAUCAAAGCGGAGAGAAACGCUAAUGCCUUGGUUAAUAAAGAAGAGGUUCCACCCCUGAAAAAAAUGAGAAUUUCUAGCAGCAGAGAGAAGCUGACAGAAGUAGCCACGAAGAGAGAGCCCCUGCAGAAUCCUGACCUCUCCCCAGGGAGAGGGAAAAGCAAACUGACCAUGCCCUCCACGCCAACAAUGUUAAAGAGAACCAAUCUUUCUGGCAAAGUGAAGAGUACGGAGGAGCAGGAGCUGGAAAAGAUGCAGCAGUUGCAGCGGGAGGUUAUGGAGCUGCGGAAGAAGAACGAGGAGUCUCUGAAAGCAGCUAUUGCUGGAGCAGGACAACCUGUGAAGAGACAUGUUGGUCAAGUAACAAAGCCAAUUGACUUCCACUUCUGCACAGAGAAUAGAAUUAAACAGCAUGUGGAAAGCCAGCCUGGGAGCGAGUACAAGGAACUGGAUUUUGCAGCAGUACUGAGAAAGCAUCCUCCUUCUCCGGGGCGAAUGCCAAAGGGACCCACUAUCCCCAAACCGUUCAAUCUGUCCCAGGGAAACAAAAGAAAACUUGAAGAAACCACAUCAGAAUACGUGUCCCUUGCAGAGCAGGUAGAAGCAUUCCAAAAACGCACACCAUCUCGUUACCAUUUGAGGAGCAGGAAAUCUGAUGAAGGCCCAGUUCCAGGAAAGUUGGUGAAGGCUCGGCUUACAAACCCUAAAACACCAGUGCUUCUAACGAAGCAGCGCUUCAGACCUGCCACCUGCAAAACUACAGCAGAGUUAGAAGCAGAGGAAAUUGAGAAAAUUCAACAGUACAAAUUCAAAGCACGAGAACUUGAUCACAAAAUCUUUGAGGGUGGACCACUCCUGCCUAAGAAACAGCCUGUGAAGGAACUCACGCAACCCAUUGGCUUUGAGUUGGAAAUAGAAAAAAGGAUUCAGGAGCGUGAGAGUAAGAAGCAGCAGGAGGAAGAGCACUUUGAAUUCCAUUCUAGGCCGUGUCCAACAAAAAUCCUGGAGGAUGUUGUGGGUGUUCCAGAGAAGAAAGCACUUCCUGUUACAGUCCCCAAGUCUCCAGUCUUCACCUUGAAAAGCAGAACCCGAAUGCCUAGCAAAGAUGAAGAAAAGGAAAAAGAGGUGGUCCCUGUGAUCAAAGCUAACCCUAUGCCACACUACGGAGUGCCUUUCAAACCUAAAAUGCCAGAGCAGAGGCAUGUGGAAGUUUGCCCCUUCUCUUUCGAUGCUCGUGACAGAGAGCGGCAAAUACAGAAAGAGAAAAAAAUAGAAGAAUUGCAGAAGGAAGAGGUGCCAAAGUUCAAAGCACUACCUCUGCCUUACUUUGACCACAUUAAGCUGCCAGAAAAGAAGGUCAAAAACCCAACUCAGCCUGAACCAUUCAAUCUGCAGAUUGAUGAACGGGGAGCUGCCAAGCUACAAAGCUGGAAACAGCAGCUUGAAGAAGACUUGAAAAGGCAGAAAGAGGCGGCACGUUUUAAAGCUCGUCCCAACACAGUGGUGUACCAGGAGCCUUUUGUGCCAAAAAAGGAAAAUAAGCUGUUAUCAGAGAGCCUUUCUGGUUCUGCAGUUCCUGAAAGCUUUGAGCUGGCAACAGAAAAAAGAGCUAAAGAGCGGCAAGAAUUUGAAAAACGAUUGGCAACUAUAGAAGCCGUAAGGGAGAGGCAUCAAGAGCAGGUCAGACAGCGACAAGAGGAGCGUGAAAAGGAAGAAGUUGCUAAGCUAAGACAAGAGAUGGUUCACAAGGCAAACCCAAUACGCAAAUACCGCAGCGUAGAGGUGAAGCCCAGUGAUCAGCCACUGACUAUGCCAAAGUCUCCCAACUUCUCAGAUAGAUUUCGGUGCUGAUAUGCAUCCAUGUGCUAGUAGGAGGAAGAUCCCAUCCCUCUCCGCUCUCUUGAUAGGCAGAGAGGGAACAGUUGUUUUUACGUGACUGCUCAGUCUCAACUCCUACACUUGGUUCCAUUAUUGUUAUAUUGAGUAGUUUAACUCCACCUGAGGCAGGUGGCUGAGGCACGGCAUACAGGCAGUGCCAUACAGCCUCGCUUCACUUCUAGACAACUUGUUUUCUAAGGACUAAACCAGGUUUUGAUAUUGUAUACAAAUAUUGUGUGCCUGAACUAAAUAAAAAUUCCUAAUC